UGGGGGGCUCGGGCGCGCGCGGGGAUUCCGGUUCAAUCAGAGCUGAGCCGGGGGAUGGUGUUGGCGGGGUCGGACCAGAGCCUCGGGAUAGAACCGGCCCACGGCCUGGGGAUGCUGCUGCCCGAGUCGGACCAGGAGCGGGGUUCGGCCCCGGACCGGGACCGGGACCCGGUCCCUGCCCCCGCCCCCCAACGCCGUGCGCUCAGGGUCGGUUUCUACGAUAUCGAGGGGACGCUGGGCAAAGGCAAUUUCGCGGUGGUGAAGCUGGCGCGACAUCGGGUGACCAGGAGCCGGGUGGCCAUCAAGAUCAUCGAUAAGAGGCGGCUGCAGCCGCGGGAGUUACAAAGAGUUCACCGGGAGGUGCUUAUCAUGAAAUUCCUUAACCACCCACACAUAAUCAAACUCUACCAGGUGAUGGAGACUCGGGACAUGCUGUACAUAGUUACCGAGUUUGCCCAGAAUGGCGAGAUGUUUGAACACCUGUCGGAACGGGGACCGCUGAGUGAGUGCGAAGCUCGAGACAAAUUUGGUCAGCUGUUGUCGGCGGUGGAAUACUGUCACCGUCACCACAUCGUUCACCGUGACCUGAAGACUGAGAACAUGCUGCUUGAUGCUGACAUGAACAUUAAACUUGCAGACUUUGGUUUCGGGAACUUCUACAGGCAUGGUGAAAUGUUGUCCACCUGGUGUGGAUCACCUCCCUACGCUGCGCCCGAAGUCUUCGAAGGCAAGGACUACGAGGGCCCCCACCUUGACGUCUGGGUAGGUGGACUGACAGCAGCCUGUUUAUACCCAGUGCUGGCAGUGCACGGUCUAAAGAAACUUCUGUCCUCACAGAGUCUAGGUGUUGUACUGUACGUCCUCGUCUGUGGGAGCUUCCCCUUCGACGGGCCGACACUGCCAGUCCUGAGGCAACGGGUGAUCGAGGGCCACUUCCGUGUCCCCUUCUUCCUUUCCGAAGACUGUGAAGAUUUAAUCCGGAGGAUGCUGACUGUGGACCCUCUGAAACGAAUCUCUAUCCCAGAGAUCAAACUCCACUGCUGGCUGACAGGGCACGGUGUCCCACACCAACCGCCAGCUCUUCCCAUCCGUGGUGAAACUGUCAACGUGUGCAGUUAUAACUACCAGGUGCUUGGUGUGAUGCAGACCCUGGGCAUAGACCGGCACAAGACCGUCGAGUCCCUACAGAAUAACAGCUACAACCACUUUUCCGCCAUCUACUACCUGCUGCUGGAGAGGAUUAAGGAGCACAGACAGGCACAGGCAGGGAUCCGGCCACCUUCGGCUCUGUGCCCACAUCCCCAAGCACGUGGAGGACAUUCCCAGACAACGGCUUUGUCUCCCGCUGCGGAACUCUCGGUGGUAAGCAGGGAUCGGUCCAUGUCUCCCGGAAUGGAAUGCUUGGAGCUCAGUGAUCGAUCCAUGUCUCCCGGAAUGGAACGCUCGGAGCUCAGCGAUCGAUCCGUGUCUCCCGGAAUGGAACACUCGGAGCUCAGGGGUCGAUCCGUGUCUCCCGGAAUGGAACACUCGGAGCUCAGGGGUCGAUCCGUGUCUCCCGGAAUGGAACACUCGGAGCUCAGGGGUCGAUCCGUGUCUCCCGAAAUGGAAUGCUCGGAGCUCAGGGAUCAAUCCGUGUCUCCCGGAAUGGAAUGUUUGGUGGAGCUCAGGGAUCAAUCCGAGUCUCCUGGAAUGGAACGUUUGGUGGAGCUCAGGGAUCGAUCCGUGUCUCCUGGAAUGGAAUGCUCGGAGCUCAGGGAUCGAUCCGUGACACCCGGAAUGGAACGCUUGGAGCUCAGGGAUCAAUUCGUGUCUCCCAGAAUGGAACGCUCGGAGCUCAGGGAUCGAUCCGAGCCUCCUGGAAUGGAACGUUUGGUGGAGCUCAGGGAUCGAUCCGUGUCUCCCGGAAUGGAAUGCUCGGAGCUCAGGGAUCGAUCUGUGUCUCCUGGAAUGGAAUGUUUGGAGCUCAGGGAUCGAUCAGUGUCUCCCGGAAUGGAACGCUCAGAGCGCAGGGAUCGAUCCGUGUCUCCCGGAAUGAAACGCUCAGAGCGCAGGGAUCGAUCUGUGUCUCCUGGAAUGGAAUGCUCGGAGCUCAGGGAUCAAUCCAUGUCUCCCGGAAUGGAAUGCUCGGUGGAGCUCAGGAAGCUAUCUGCGUCCCCCAUUGGAGUGGAAGUGUCCAUCGCUCGGGAAAGGGGGCUGCGGCUCAAGGACAAUGGCACAGGGUCAGUGAUGAGACCCCAGAGUGCUGGCAGCCGGCGACACACUGUGGCUGAAGGGUUGUUCACACCUGGACAGCACUCCACUCCUGGACAAAGGCUUCCACGUUUUCUGUGCCAAAGCUUCCGGGCAAGAGCAGGCCUCAGACUGUGGCGGAGCGGGGAGCUGCCCUGGCACCUCUGCCCUCCUCCCUACCGCCUCGCCCUGUGGGAUCGGCCUGCACAACUGCUGCCUGAAUGGAGGCACAGCCAGAGCCCGGGAUGGCACGAACGGCCCCACCAGCCACACCGUGUACAGUGGCAGAACCGGGAGCUGCAGUUGGCGUUCGUCAGACAGCAGGAAGCCCCACCCUGUGGAGCUGGGGCUUCUGUGUUGCAGAAGGCAGUAGGGUCUGUUCUGCUCCCACAGACUGUCCCAUCUCCCCUCAGCUGUUCUCUGGCUGCUUUCCAUGUCCCCUCGCUGCUCUCAGAACUUCUCCAAUGGCAACAAAGGCUGCAAGCAGACCGUGAAAUGGAGGAUUUUGCCGCACCAUGCCUCAGCAAGGUCGUGUUGGUGAACUAAAUGUCUUCAGCUCAGUGACGUCUGCCCCCAGUAAUCUCCAGCAUUAAUACCAGCCAGUGCACAGUAAUCUCCAGCAUUAAUACCAGCCGGUGCACAGUAAUCUCCAGCAUUAAUACCAGCUGGUGCACAGUAAUUGCCAGCAUUAAUACCAGCCGGUGCACAGUAAUUGCCAGCAUUAAUACCAGCCGGUGCACAGUAAUCUCCAGCAUUAAUACCAGCUGGUGCACAGUAAUUGCCAGCAUUAAUACCAGCCACUGCACAGUAAUCUCCAGCAUUAAUACCAGCCAGUGCACUGUAUCUGUGGAAGUUCCCUCGCCAAAGAGCUCACUACCCUUUGCAAACUAUGGAUUUAAGCUUUAGGCAUUGAACUCCGCUUCACCAAGGGAACUUGCAGCCUCCUGAAAGUACUUGUUUGGAAAUCUGUCGGACAACAGGCAAUGAGAUGGGGUUGACGCUCAGACUCGCCAACCCACAGUUCAUGCCCAACUGCAGCUCUGCUGCAGUGGGAGGCUGAUCUGUGGAACCAGCCUAUGAAGCCAGAGUUGCUGCUAAAUUCCAGGAACAGUUUGCAGAGAGGUCCUCGCCUCCGACCUCUCCUUCCCUCUGCAAUGUGACUCAGGGGACCUAGGAUUCCUUUAGUUCUCAGUCUGAAAUUGCUGGAAUUGCCGUUGCUGAAUGGAAAAGGCAGUGGAAUGGGUGGAAAACAGACUCGCUGCUGCUGCUGUUAACCUUUGGGUUGGAUCAGUGAUUGACUCACUGAGAGACAUGCAAUAACCUCUUCCAAUUUGUAUCCAAUGUUAAAUGGACUUUCUCGAAUAUAAGAGAAGGCACUGUA